UCUCCUCAUCAGCCUUUGUCUCUCUCUCCUUCUCUGGAACACAGGAGCAACCCACCACCAACCCUCAGAAUGAGCACCUUCAAUACCGAGAAUGCCUCCACCCUGGAGAACGCCAUGCAGUUGAUGAUCCAGACCUUCCACAAAUACUCUGGCAACGAGGGAGACAAGUACACCCUCAGCAAAGCCGAGCUCAAAGAGAUGCUCACGACAGAGCUGGGCAACUACCUUGGGAAUGCCCAGGACAAAGACGCCGUGGAAAAGGUGAUGGGUGACCUGGACUCAAAUAACGACGGAGAGGUCGACUUCACCGAGUUCAUCAUUCUUGUCGGGGCUCUUACCGUGGCCUGCAAUGACUUCUUCCAGGAGUACCACCCAGACGACAAGAAAACCGCCAAGACGGAGUAAAAGAAAAAUAAUAACCUCCACCUCAGUCUAUAUGCUAAGACAACAUGACCAGUUCGAAGAAGAGGGAGGAGACGAAGAGAAUAGCGGUAUGUGUGUCCCAUAUCAACACCUGGUUUCCAACCAUCCCACAACCUUGUCAUGGCGGUUAUCAAAGCAGAUGCUUGGCAUAUGCUACGUGCCAUGUCGAUAGAAGCGACGUUAGCUUCACUCACGCUUUGUAAGAUGAAUGAAUUGUUUUAGGGAAUGAAGUUUCAAUGAGGGUCACUGUUGAAAUUGUGAAUAUUUUCUCUUUCUUUUCAUUCGUUUGUUUUGUUUGUUAAUUUCACCCA